CCCCCGCGCGCCGCGAGCGCGCUCCCGCGCCGAUGUGUGUGAGUGCGUGUCCUGCUCGCUCCCCGCGGCCGCCUCUCCCGGUACCUGCUGCUGCUCCCGGGGCUGCGGGAAAUGCGAGAGGCUGAGCCGGGGAGGAGGAACCCGAGCAGCAGCGGCGGCGGCGGCGGCCGCGGCGGCGGGAGGAGCCCCCCAGGAGGAGGACCGGGACCCAUGUGUCUUUCCUGGUGACUAGGAUGUCGUCGGAGGAGGACCGGAGCGCGGAGCAGCCGCAGCCGCCGCCACCACCCCCCGAGGAGCCCGGAGCCCCGGCCCCGAGCCCCGCAGCCGCAGACAAAAGACCUCGGGGCCGGCCUCGCAAAGAUGGCGCUUCCCCUUUCCAGAGAGCCAGAAAGAAGCCUCGAAAUAGAGGAAAAACUACGGUGGAUGAUGAAGAUAGCAUGGAUGGGCUGGAGACAAUAGAAGCAGAAAAUAUCGUGGAAACAGCAGAAAUCAAAGAGCAGUCUGCAGAAGAGGAUGCCGAAACAGAAGUGGAUAGCAGCAAGCAGCCAGUCUCAGCUCUUCAGCGAUCUGUGUCUGAGGAAUCUGCAAACUCCCAGGUCUCUGUUGGUGUAGAAGCCAAAAUCAGUGAACAACUCUGUGCUUUUUGUUAUUGUGGGGAAAAAAGUUCCUUAGGACAAGGAGACUUAAAGCAAUUCAGAGUAACACCUGGAUUUAUCUUGCCGUGGAAAAACCAGCCUUCCAACAAGGACAUUGAUGACAACAGCAGCGGGACCUACGAGAAAAUGCAAAACUCAGCUCCACGUCGACAGAGAGGACAGAGAAAAGAGCGAUCUUCUCCACAGAGUUCAGUGUCUUGUGUAAGUGUAAGCACGCAGACAGCUUCCGAUGAUCAGGCUGGUAAACUGUGGGAUGAACUCAGUCUGGUUGGCCUUCCGGAUGCCAUUGAUGUCCAAGCCUUAUUUGAUCCUACAGGCACUUGUUGGGCUCAUCGUCGUUGUGUGGAGUGGUCUCUGGGAGUGUGCCAGGUGGAAGAACCAUUGUUAGUGAACGUGGAUAAAGCUGUUGUCUCAGGGAGCACAGAACGAUGUGCAUUUUGUAAGCACCUUGGAGCCAGUAUCAAAUGCUGUGAAGAGAAAUGUACCCAGAUGUACCAUUAUCCCUGUGCUGCAGGAGCUGGCACCUUUCAGGACUUCAGCCACUUCUUCCUUCUUUGUCCAGAACACAUUGACCAAGCUCCUGAAAGAUCAAAGGAAGAUGCAAACUGUGCAGUGUGCGACAGCCCGGGAGACCUCUUAGAUCAGUUCUUUUGUACCACUUGUGGUCAGCACUAUCAUGGAAUGUGCCUGGAUAUAGCGGUUACUCCAUUAAAACGUGCAGGUUGGCAAUGUCCUGAGUGCAAAGUGUGCCAGAACUGCAAACAAUCGGGAGAAGAUAGCAAGAUGCUAGUGUGUGAUACGUGUGACAAAGGGUAUCAUACUUUUUGUCUUCAACCAGUUAUGAAAUCAGUACCAACCAAUGGCUGGAAAUGCAAAAAUUGCAGAAUGUGUGUAGAGUGUGGCACACGGUCUAGUUCUCAGUGGCAUCACAAUUGCCUGAUAUGUGACGCUUGUUACCAACAGCAGGAUAAUUUAUGUCCUUUCUGUGGAAAGUGCUACCACCCAGAACUGCAGAAAGACAUGCUCCAUUGUAAUAUAUGCAAGAGAUGGGUUCACUUAGAAUGUGACAAGCCAACAGAUCUUGAACUGGACUCUCAGCUCAAAGAAGAGUAUAUCUGCAUGUAUUGUAAACACUUAGGAGCUGAGAUGGAUCCCUUACAGCCAGGCGAUGGAGUAGAGAUGGAGGAACUCACUACAGAUUAUAACAACGAAAUGGAAGUUGAAGGAUCCGAAGAUCACCAAAUGAUAUUUCUGGAGCAAGCAGUUGAUAAAGAUGUCACUGAUCAGCAGUCCACACCUGGAAUUGUUCCAGAUGCAGUUCAAGUCCAUACUGAAGAGCAGCAGAAAAAUAAUCCUUCAGAAAGUCUUGAUACAGACGAUCUUCUCAUUUCUGAAUCAUCUCACAAUAAAAUGAAUCCUGAAUUGGAAAAUGAAAUUUCUCAUGAAAUUGGUGGUGAAAAAAUGGAAAUGCCAUCCAAAGUGAUGCUUAUUCAAGAUGAAGAUCAAAAUGAAGAAAAAAUGGAAGUGACAGAGAGCACUGACGUUCUCCCACAGCAGACCAUCCUGCAGCAAGAGGAGCUGCAGUUGUUAGAGGAAUCCAAGAUGGUGGAAUUCAAAGAAGAACCAAGGCUUCCAAACUCAGUCAUUGAAUCUGUCACCAUUCCACGAGAAGCCUUAGUGCCCUCAAGUGAGGAAAGUACUUCAUUGUGUUCUAAGGAACAGUUGGUUACAGAAAGGUUGCAAGAAAAAAUGGAACAGAAAGAAAAUUCUGAAUUCUCCACUGAGUUCAUGGACUUUGAAAUGACUCCUGCAGUGGAGAGUUGUAUCAAAGAGGGUUCAUGUCACGGAGACAAAUCUGUGAAGUUGCCACCUGAGGCUGUGGCAGCAUUUUCAUCAGCAGCAGACGCAAGCAAGGCAAGAUCGUCUUCCUCUCCAACACUUGCUUCAGACUUGCCUUCACAUGCCAUGCUGCACGGUUACCCUUCGACUCUUGGUUCCUCUGCUGGAAAUAUCAUGCCAACAACUUACAUCUCAGUCACUCCAAAAAUUGGCAUGGGUAAACCAGCUAUUACCAAAAGAAAAUUUUCUCCUGGUAGACCCAGAUCCAAACAGGGGGCUUGGAGUACCCAUAAUACAGUGAGCCCACCUUCCUGGUCCCCAGACAUUUCAGAAGGUCGGGAAAUUUUUAAACCCAGGCAGCUUCCUGGCAGUGCCAUUUGGAGCAUCAAAGUGGGCCGGGGCUCUGGAUUCCCAGGCAAGCGGAGGCCUCGCGGUGCAGGACUGUCAGGACGAGGUGGCAGAGGCAGGUCCAAAUUGAAAGGUGGAAUUGGAGCUGUUGUACUACCUGGGGUGUCUACUGCAGAUAUUUCAUCAAGUAAGGAUGAAGAAGAAAACUCUAUGCACAAUACAGUUGUGUUGUUUUCUAGUAGUGACAAGUUCACUUUGCAUCAGGAUAUGUGUGUGGUCUGUGGCAGUUUUGGCCAAGGAGCAGAAGGACGACUACUUGCUUGUUCUCAAUGUGGUCAGUGCUACCAUCCGUACUGUGUCAGUAUUAAGAUCACUAGAGUGGUUCUCAGCAAAGGCUGGAGGUGUCUGGAGUGCACUGUGUGUGAGGCCUGUGGGAAGGCGACUGACCCAGGAAGACUCCUCCUGUGUGAUGACUGCGACAUAAGUUACCAUACCUACUGCCUGGACCCACCUUUGCAGACAGUCCCCAAAGGAGGCUGGAAGUGCAAAUGGUGUGUCUGGUGCAGACACUGUGGAGCUACAUCUGCGGGUCUGAGGUGUGAAUGGCAGAACAAUUACACACAGUGCGCCCCUUGUGCCAGCUUGUCUUCCUGCCCGGUCUGCUAUCGGAACUACAGAGAAGAAGACCUUAUUCUGCAGUGCAGACAGUGUGAUAGAUGGAUGCACGCAGUUUGUCAAAACUUAAAUACUGAGGAGGAAGUGGAAAAUGUAGCAGACAUUGGUUUUGAUUGUAGCAUGUGCAGACCCUAUAUGCCUGCGUCAAAUGUGCCUUCCUCAGACUGCUGCGAAUCUUCAUUGGUAGCACAAAUUGUCACAAAAGUAAAAGAGCUAGAUCCACCUAAGACCUACACCCAGGAUGGUGUGUGUUUGACUGAAUCAGGGAUGACUCAGUUACAGAGCCUCACAGUUACAGUUCCAAGAAGAAAACGGUCCAAACCAAAAUUGAAAUUGAAGAUUAUAAAUCAGAACAGUGUGGCUGUUCUUCAGACCCCUCCAGACAUCCAGUCAGAGCAUUCAAGGGAUGGUGAAAUGGAUGAUGGUCGAGAAGGAGAACUUAUGGAUUGCGAUGGAAAAUCAGAAUCUAGUCCUGAACGGGAAGCUGUGGAUGACGAAGCUAAGGGAGUAGAAGGAACAGAUGGUGUCAAAAAGAGAAAAAGGAAGCCAUACAGACCAGGCAUUGGUGGAUUCAUGGUACGGCAAAGAAGUCGAACAGGGCAAGGAAAAACCAAGAGAUCUGUGAUCAGAAAAGAUUCCUCUGGCUCUAUUUCUGAGCAGUUACCUAGCAGAGAUGAUGGCUGGAGUGAGCAGUUACCAGAUGCUCUAGUUGACGAAUCAGUUUCUGUUGCUGAAAGUACUGAAAAAAUAAAGAAGAGAUACCGAAAAAGGAAAAAUAAGCUUGAAGAAACGUUCCCUGCCUACUUACAAGAAGCUUUCUUUGGAAAAGAUCUUCUAGAUACAAGCAGACAAAACAAGCUGAGUUUAGAUUAUCUAGCAGAAGAUGCAGCUCAACUUUCCUAUAAAACAAAUAUGAAUACAGGUUUCCUGGAUCCAUCCUUAGAUCCACUGCUUAGUUCAUCCUCAGCUCCAGCAAAACCUGGAACACAGGGUUCUGCUGAUGACCCUCUGGCUGAUAUUUCUGAAGUCUUAAACACAGAUGAUGACAUUCUUGGAAUGAUCUCAGAUGACCUAGCAAAGUCGGUUGAUCAUUCAGGUCUUGAUUUAUGCACUUUCCAGGUUGAGAACUCACCUUUUCCAUUUGAUAUUGGUCCCAUUGCUGAUGAUCCCUCCUCUUUGCCUCAGCCAAGUGUUGGUCAGAGUUCACGACCAUUAAGCGAAGAGCAGCUAGAUGGAAUCCUCAGUCCUGAGCUAGACAAAAUGGUCACAGAUGGAGCAAUUCUUGGAAAGUUAUAUAAAAUUCCAGAGCUGGGAGGAAAGGAUGUCGAGGACUUGUUCACUGCAGUACUUAGCCCUGUGACCGCUCAACCAGCUCCAUUGCCACAGCCUCCUGCUGCACCACAGCUGUUGCCAGUGCACAAUCAGGAUGUUUUUUCACGGAUGCCACUCAUGAAUGGCCUUAUUGGACCCAGCCCUCAUCUCCCACAUAGCUCUUUGCCUCCUGGAAGUGGAUUGGGGUCUUUCUCUGCUAUAGCACAAUCCCCUUACACUGAUGCCAGGGAUAAAAAUCCAGCAUUUAAUCCAAUAGCAAGUGAUCCUAACAGCUCCUGGACACCAUCAGCUGCCCCCGUGGAGGGGGAAAAUGACACAAUGUCGAAUGCCCAGCGGAGUACACUCAAGUGGGAGAAGGAGGAAGCUCUGGGGGAGAUGGCCACGGUAGCUCCAGUUCUCUACACCAACAUUAAUUUCCCUAAUUUAAAGGAAGAAUUCCCCGACUGGACUACUCGAGUGAAGCAAAUUGCUAAAUUGUGGAGAAAAGCAAGCUCUCAGGAAAGAGCUCCAUAUGUGCAAAAAGCCAGAGAUAACAGAGCUGCUUUACGUAUUAAUAAAGUCCAGAUGUCUAACGAUUCUAUGAAAAGGCAGCAGCAGCAGGACAGCGUCGAUCCCAGCUCUCGCAUCGAUUCAGAUCUUUUUAAAGAUCCAUUAAAGCAAAGAGAAUCAGAACAUGAACAGGAGUGGAAAUUUAGACAGCAAAUGCGUCAGAAAAGUAAGCAGCAAGCUAAGAUUGAAGCCACACAGAAACUGGAACAAGUGAAAAAUGAGCAGCAGCAGCAGCAGCAACAGCACCACCACCACCACCACCAACAGCAGCAGCAGCAGCAGCAGCAGCAGCAGCAGCAACAGCUUAGUUCCCAGCAUCUUCUGGUGCCAUCUGGGUCAGAUACUCCAAGCAGUGGGGUCCAGAGUCCCUUGACACCUCAGCCUGGCAGUGGAAACAUGUCUCCUGCACAGGCAUUCCAUAAAGACCUGUUCUCAAAACAGCUGCCUGGUGUCCCUGCCCCCACGCCUUCAGAUGAUGUGUUUGUCAAGCCACAAGCUCCACCCCCUCCUCCAGCCCCGAACCGGGUGCCCAUUCAGGAGAGUCUUUCUCAGUCUCAGACUUCUCAACCACCUUCUCCACAAAUGUUUUCUCCUGGGUCUUCUAGUUCCCGGCCACCAUCUCCAUCGGAUCCUUAUGCAAAAAUGGUUGGUACCCCUAGACCCCCUCCUGGGGGCCAUAGCUUUCCCAGAAGAAAUUCUGUCACACCAGUGGAAAACUGUGUGCCUUUAUCAUCCAUACCAAGGCCCAUUCAGAUGAGUGAGACCACAGCCACUAGGCCACCCCCGGCCAGAGACCUGUGUUCUUCCUCAACAACAAUUAGUGACCCCUAUGCAAAACCUCCUGACACACCUAGGCCUUUAAUGACAGAUCAGUAUCCCAAACCUUUGGGCCCAUCCCGGUCUCCUGUAGUUUCAGAACAAACUGUAAGAGGUCCUCCAGCAGGUGGAACCAGUGAUCACUUUUCUAAACCCUCUCCUAGGGCAGAUACAUUUCAAAGACAACGGGUACCUGACCCAUAUGCACGACCUUUGCUCACACCUGCGCCACUUGAUAGUGGUCCUGGACCUUUUAAGGCUCCACUGCACCCUCCUCCAUCCUCUCAGGAUUCUUAUGGGUCAGUGUCCCAGUCAUCAAGGCGACUGUCUGUUGACACUUACGAAAGGCCUACCUUGACACCAAGACCUGUAGAUAAUUUUUCUCAGAGUCAGUCAAAUGACCCAUAUAGCCAGCCUCCCCUAACUCCACAUCCAGCAGUGAAUGAAUCUUUUCCCCAUUCUUCAAGGGCUUUUUCUCAGCCUGGAACUAUAUCAAGGUCAGCAUCUCAGGACCUGUAUUCCCAGUCCCCAGGAACUCCACGACCUGUAGAUUCUUAUUCCCAACCCUCAGGAACAGCUCGGUCCAGCACAGACCCUUAUUCUCAACCUCCUGGAACUCCCCGGCCUACCACCAUGGACCCAUAUAGUCAGCAACCACCAACCCCCAGGCCAUCUGCACAGACAGAAGUGUUUGUUACACCUGCAGCUAAUCAGAGGCACUCUGAUCCAUAUGCUCAUCCUCCUGGAACACCAAGGCCUGGAAUUUCUGUUCCCUACUCUCAACCACCAGCAACACCAAGACCAAGGACUUCAGAGGGUUAUACUAGGUCCUCAGGUGCAAGACCAGCCCUCAUAUCAAAUCAGGAUCCUUUCCUGCAAGCACCACAACACCGAGUGCCAGCUUUACCUGGCCCUUUGGUAAGGCCACCUGAUACAUGUUCCCAAACACCAAGGCCACCUGGACCUGGCCUUGCAGACUCGUUCAGCCGUGUUUCCCCAUCUACUGCCCGUGAUCCCUAUGAUCAACCUCCAAUGACUCCAAGGCCUCAGUCUGACUCGUUUGGGACUGGUCAAGUUGCUCGUGAUGUUUCUGACCAGUCAGGGCCUGGGUCAGAGGGGAGCUUCAGCACACCUGCAGACUCUCCCAUGAGUUCCCAAGGCCAGCAGUUCUCUGGUGUCUCCCAGGUUGCUGGACCUGCACCAACUUCUGGGGGAACUGACACACAGAACACUGUAAAUAUGUCUCAAGCAGAUGCAGAGAAACUGAGACAGCGGCAGAAACUACGCGAAAUCAUUCUCCAGCAGCAGCAACAAAAGAAGAUUGCCAGUCGACAGGAGAAGGGGCCUCAGGACACACCCGGCGUGCCUCACCCGGUGCCCCUUCCGCACUGGCAGCCAGAGAGUAUCAACCAGGCUUUCGCUCGGCCUCCACCCCCUUAUCCUGGGAAUAUUCGAUCACCUAUUGUCCCUCCUGUAGGACCUAGAUACGCUGUUUUCCCCAAAGAUCAGCGUGCACCCUAUCCUCCUGAUGUUCCUGGUAUGGGGAUGAGGCCACAUGGAUUUAGAUUUGGGUUUCCAGGAGGUAGUCAUAGUACGGUAUCCAGUCAGGAUCGAUUCCUUGUGCCUCCUUCACAAAUACCAGGACCUGGAGUUCCUCCGCACCUGAGAAGAUCCAUGUCUGUAGAAAUGCCUGGGCCUUUAAAUAACUCACAGAUGAAUAAUCCGGUUGGACUUCCUCAGCAUUUUCCACCCCAAAACUUGCCAGUUCAGCAGCAUAACAUACUGGGCCAGGCGUUUAUUGAAUUGAGGCACAGGGUCCCAGACGGAAGGCCACGUCUGCCCUUCCCUGCUUCUGCCAACGUUAUAGAGCCACCGUCUCAUCCCAGACCUGGAAAUUUCAUUCCUCGCCCAGACUUCCCAGGCCCAAGACACACAGACUCCAUGAGACGACUUCCCCAGGGUCUACCUCAUCAGCUCCCCGUGCAUCCAGAUGUGGAACCAGUGGCACCACCUCAGCAGGAGCAGGGCCACCCUGCCCAUCCAUCCUCUGUAGUCAUGAGACCUCUGGGUCAUUCCUUGGGUGGUGGGUUUUCUGAGGCUCCUUUGUCAACAUCUGCAUCAGCUGAAAGAGCAUCUGGUAAUGUACAGAUGGCUGGCCAGUCUUCUGAUGGUCUGGAGGAAAAACUUGAUUCUGAUGACACUUCUGUGAAAGAACUGGAUGUUAAAGACCUUGAGGGAGUUGAAGUCAAAGACUUGGAUGAUGAAGAUCUUGAAAAUUUAAAUUUAGACACAGAGGAUGGCAAGGGAGAUGAAUUGGAUACUUUAGGUAAUUUGGAAACUAAUGAUCCCAACCUGGAUGACCUCUUAAGGUCAGGAGAGUUUGAUAUCAUUGCAUACACCGAUCCGGAACUUGACCUGGGAGAUAAGAAAAGCAUGUUUAAUGAGGAACUAGACCUUAAUGUUCCAAUUGAUGAUAAAUUAGAUAAUCAGUGUGUAUCUGAACCCAAAAAAAAGGAACAAGAAGACAAAGCUGUGGUUCUUUCUGAUAGCCAUUUGCCACUGAAAAAAUCCACUGUUACCAGUGAGAUAAAAACAGAAGUCCUAUCUCCAAAUUCCAAAGAAGAAGCCAAAUGUGAAAUUGAGAAAAGUGAUGAGACUAAAGAUGCUUUGAUCCCUUCCAGCCCCCAGGCUUCUGCUCACACAGACCUGAAUGAUGGGGAAAAGACUCCUUUGUCUCCUUCGAAUUCAGACCUGCUUGAGAAAAGAAAUAAUCAAGAAACUGCUGGCUCCAGUGAAAGUGUCAUUCAGGGAUCCGCCUCACGGCCCGCUCAAGAUGUAGUGAACUCUUGUGACAUAACUGGGGCAACUCCAGUUCUCUCAAGUCUGCUUGCCAAUGAGAAAUCUGAUCCUUCAGACGUGAGGUCUUUGGGGUCUUCCCCGCCACCGCUGCCAGCCUCACCCCCCAGUCGUGUGUCAAGUUUGCCUCCUACUUUAGUGGCACCACCUGGCCCUGGUCUGGAUGAUGCUGUGAAUUCUAAUGUGACUGUGGUCUCCAGAGUGAACCAUGCUUUUCCUCAGGGAGUGCAGGUAAAUCCAGGAUUUAUUCCUGGUCAGUCAUCAGUUAACCACAGUUUGGGGACAGGAAAACCUGCAAAUCAGACCAUGCCUCUCACAAGUCAGUCUGGUCCCAGUGGCAUGUCGGGACCCCAGCAGCUCAUGAUUCCUCAAACAUUAACCCAGCAGAGUAGAGAGAGGCCCCUCCUCCUUGAGGAGCAGCCCCUGCUUCUGCAGGAUCUUCUGGAUCAGGAGCGCCAAGAACAGCAGCAGCAAAGACAGAUGCAAGCCAUGAUUCGGCAGCGGUCAGAACCAUUCUUCCCUAAUAUUGAUUUUGAUGCAAUCACAGAUCCUAUAAUGAAAGCCAAAAUGGUGGCUCUCAAAGGCAUAAACAAAGUGAUGGCACAGAGCAGCCUGGGCAUGCCGCCAAUGGUGAUGAGCAGGUUCCCCUUCAUGGGCCCACCAGCGGCUGGAACACAGGGCAGUGAAGGACAGAACCUGGUUCCUCAGGCUGUUGCGCAGGAUGGCAGUAUAACACAUCAGAUUUCUAGGCCUAAUCCUCCAAAUUUUGGUCCAGGCUUUGUCAACGACUCACAACGCAAACAGUAUGAAGAAUGGCUUCAGGAGACCCAGCAACUUCUUCAGAUGCAGCAGAAGUAUCUUGAAGAGCAAAUUGGUGCACACAGAAAAUCUAAGAAGGCCCUUUCAGCUAAACAGCGCACUGCCAAGAAGGCAGGGCGGGAAUUCCCGGAAGAGGAUGCAGAGCAGCUGAAGCACGUCACUGAGCAGCAAAGCAUGGUUCAGAAGCAGCUGGAGCAGAUUCGUAAACAACAGAAAGAACAUGCUGAGUUGAUUGAAGAUUAUCGCAUCAAACAACAACAGCAGCAGCAGUGUGCCCUGGGCCCCCCCAUCCUAAUGCCAGGUGUCCAGCCCCAGCCACCCCUAGUUCCAGGUGCCACCCCACCCACCAUGAGCCAACCUAAUUUCCCUAUGGUGCCGCAGCAGCUGCAGCACCAGCAGCAUACAGCAGUCAUUCCUGGCCACACUAGCCCUGCUCGAAUGCCCAGUCUACCUGGCUGGCAACCUUCCAAUGCUUCAGCUCACCUGCCCCUCAAUCCUCCUCGGAUUCAACCCCCAAUUGCCCAAAUACCAAUGAAACCUUGCACAUCAGCCCCAGGAUCAGUUUCCAGUGCAAACCCACAAAGUGGACCACCACCCCGGGUAGAAUUUGAUGAUAACAACCCCUUCAGUGAAAGUUUUCAAGAACGGGAGCGGAAGGAACGUUUACGAGAACAGCAAGAAAGGCAAAGAAUCCAGCUGAUGCAAGAAGUAGACAGACAGAGAGCUUUGCAGCAGAGGAUGGAAAUGGAACAGCAUGGCCUCCUGGGCUCUGAGCUGGCCUGCAGGACAUCUGUGACCCAGAUUCCAUUCUACAGUGCUGACCGACCUUGUGAGUUUAUGCAGCAUCCAAGACCCCUUCAGCAGUCUCCACAACACCAACAGCAGAUGGGGCAGGUUUUACAGCAGCAGAAUGUACAACACAGAUCUGUUAAUUCACCCCCCACCCAAAAUUUCAUGCAAACCAAUGAACGAAGACAGGUGGUAGGACCUCCCUCAUUUGUUCCUGAUUCACCGUCUAUUCCUGGUGGAAGCCCAAACUUCCAUUCUGUUAAGCAGGGACAUGGAAGUCUUUCUGGAACCACCUUCCAGCAGUCCCCCUUGAGGCCUCCGUUCACCCCUGCUUUAUCAGUAACACCUCCAGUAGCAAACAGCAGUCUCCCCUGUGGCCCAGAUCCUGCCAUGACCCAUGGACAGAGUUAUCCGGGAUCAGCUCAAUCUCUCAUUCAGUUGUACUCUGAUAUAAUCCCUGAAGAAAAAGGGAAGAAGCGCAGAACAAGGAAGAAGAAGAAGGACGACGAUGCAGAGUCCACCAAAGCACCGUCGACUCCCCACUCAGACACAACUGCCCCCCCAACUCCAGGCCUCUCAGAAACUGCCUCCACGCCCUCGGCAAGCACACCUGGUGAGCGUCCUCAGCAGGGAGAGGAGGCAGGGCAGCCAGGUGGCCCAUCACCUGCCACUGUGGCGGCAGGGCAGCCGGGUGGCCCAUCACCUGCCAGUGUGGCGGCAGGGCAGCCAUGUGCAGAGUUGGAAAACAGACUUCCCAGUAGUGAUUUCUCACAAGGAGCUCCAAACCCACAGACUCACCCACACUCAGAGGUGGAUGAACUCUCCAUAGAAACCCCUGCCAAAACCGAAGAAGUAAAACUGGAAAAAGCUGAAUCAGAGCCAUGCCCUGGUCAAGAGGAGACUAAAUUGGAGGAGCAGACUGGUAGUAAGGAAGCAGACACUGCGGCUGGUCCCGUCUCCUUGGUGCAGAGUCCUCCCCAGUCAGCUGGGACCCCUGUUGCCAAAGGAGAGUCAGGAAAUGAACUUUUGAAACACUUGUUGAAAAAUAAGAAAUCCUCUUCCCUGUUAAGUCAAAGAUCAGAGGGCAGUUUCUCUUCAGAAGACAACAGUGCAAAAGAUAACAAACUGGUGGAGAAGCAGAACCCAGUGGAAGGAUUGCAAACUUUGGGGGCUCAAAUGCAAGGUGGUUUUGGAUGUGGCAACAACCAGUUGCCAAAAACAGAUGGAGGAGAAUCCAAGAAACAGCGAAGCAAACGGACUCAGAGGACUGGGGAGAAGGCAGCACCUCGCUCAAAGAAAAGGAAAAAAGAGGAAGAGGAGAAGCAGGCCAUGUUCUCCAAUUCCGACUGCUUCACCCAUCUGAAACAGCAGCUCUCUCUGCUCCCUCUAAUGGAACCGAUCAUUGGAGUGAACUUUGCGCACUUUCUUCCUUAUGGCAGUGGCCAAUUUAAUAGUGGGAAUCGACUUCUAGGAACUUUUGGCAGUGCUACCCUUGAAGGGGUUUCCGACUACUAUUCCCAGUUGAUCUACAAGAAUAAUUUAAGUAAUCCUCCAACACCCCCUGCCUCUCUUCCUCCUACACCACCUCCUAUGGCUUGUCAGAAGAUGGCAAAUGGUUUUGCAACAACUGAAGAACUUGCUGGAAAAGCUGGAGUGUUGGUGAGCCAUGAAGUUACCAAAGCUCUAGGACCGAAGCCAUUUCCACUGCCCUUCAGGCCACAGGAUGACUUGCUGGCCAGAGCUCUUGCUCAAGGCCCAAAGACAGUCGAUGUUCCAGCAUCACUCCCAACACCACCCCACAAUAAUCAGGAAGAAUUGAGGAUACAGGAUCACUGUGGUGAUCGGGAUACUCCUGACAGCUUUGUUCCCUCAUCCUCUCCCGAGAGUGUGGUUGGGGUGGAAGUGAGCAGGUAUCCAGAUCUGUCAAUGGUCAAGGAGGAGCCUCCAGAGCCAGUGCCAUCCCCCAUCAUUCCCAUUCUUCCCAGCACAACUGUGAAAAGUUCAGAAUCAAGAAGGAAUGACAUCAAAACUGAGCCAGGCACUUUAUUUUUUACAUCACCUUUUGGUUCAUCCCCAAAUGGUCCCAGAUCGGGUCUCAUAUCUGUAGCAAUUACCCUGCAUCCUACAGCUGCUGAGAACAUUAGCAGUGUUGUGGCUGCGUUUUCCGACCUCCUUCACGUCCGCAUUCCUAGCAGCUAUGAGGUUAGUGAUGCUCCAGAUGUUCCAUCCGUGGGUUUGGUCAGUGGCCACAGAGUAAACCCGGGUUUGGAGUAUCGGCAGCAUCUCCUUCUCCGUGGGCCUCCACCAGGAUCUGCACACCCUCCCAGAUUAGCCAGCUCUUACCGGCUGAAGCAGCCUCAUGCACCAUUUCCUCCAACAAGCAAUGGUCUAUCUGGAUAUAAGGACUCCAGUCACGGUGCCGCAGAAAGUGCCGCCCUCAGACCACAGUGGUGCUGCCACUGCAAGGUGGUCAUCCUGGGAAGUGGUGUGCGGAAAUCUCUCAAAGACAUGGCCUUCGUGUGCAAGGAUUCCCGAGACAGCACCAAGAGAAUGGAGAAGGACAUCGUCUUUUGUAGUAAUAACUGCUUUAUUCUUUAUUCAUCAACCGCACAAGCAAAAAACUCAGAAAACAAGGAGUCCACUCCUUCAUUGCCACAGUCACCCACGAGAGAGACACCGUCCAAAGUGUUCCACCAGUACAGCAACAACACCUCCACGUUGGAUGUGCACUGCCUCCCCCGGCUCCAGGAAAAAGCCUCCCCGCCUCCUUCACCUCCCAUCAGCUUUCCUCCGGCCUUCGAAGCAGCCAGAGUAGAAGCCAAACCCGAUGAGCUCAAGGUGACAGUGAAGCUGAAACCUCGGCUCAGGACCGUCCAUGGUGGGUUUGAAGACUGUAGACCGCUGAACAAAAAGUGGAGAGGAAUGAAAUGGAAGAAAUGGAGCAUCCAUAUUGUCAUCCCCAAGGGGACCUUCAAGCCACCGUGUGAGGAUGAGAUAGAUGAGUUUCUGAAGAAGUUAGGCACUUCUCUUAAACCUGAUCCUGUGCCCAGAGACUGUCGGAAGUGUUGCUUCUGCCAUGAAGAGGGGGACGGGUUGACAGAUGGGCCUGCGAGGCUGCUCAACCUUGACUUGGACCUGUGGGUCCACUUGAAUUGUGCUCUGUGGUCCACAGAGGUCUAUGAGACUCAGGCUGGUGCCUUAAUAAACGUAGAGUUAGCUCUGAGGAGAGGCCUGCAGAUGAAAUGUGUCUUCUGUCAUAAGACAGGUGCCACCAGUGGAUGUCACAGAUUUCGAUGCACCAACAUUUAUCACUUCACAUGCGCCAUCAAAGCACAAUGCAUGUUUUUUAAGGACAAAACUAUGCUUUGCCCCAUGCACAAACCAAAGGGAAUCCAUGAACAGGAGCUGAGCUACUUUGCGGUCUUCAGGAGGGUCUACGUGCAGCGCGACGAGGUGCGGCAGAUCGCCAGCAUUGUGCAGCGGGGAGAGCGGGACCACACCUUCCGUGUGGGGAGCCUCAUCUUCCACACCAUCGGCCAGCUGCUCCCGCAGCAGAUGCAGGCGUUCCACUCAGCCAAGGCUCUCUUCCCCGUGGGCUACGAAGCCAGCCGCCUGUACUGGAGCACGCGCUAUGCCAACAGGCGCUGCCGCUACCUCUGCUCCAUCGAGGAGAAGGACGGGCGCCCAGAGUUUGUCAUCAGGAUCGUGGAGCAAGGCCACGAGGACCUCGUCCUGAGUGACACAUCACCUAAAGGUGUCUGGGAUAAGAUCUUGGAGCCUGUGGCCUGCGUGAGGAAGACAUCUGAAAUGCUCCAGCUUUUCCCUGCCUAUUUGAAGGGAGAAGACCUGUUUGGCCUGACCGUCUCCGCAGUGGCACGGAUAGCGGAAUCACUACCUGGGGUUGAGGCAUGUGAAAACUACACCUUCCGAUACGGCCGGAAUCCGCUCAUGGAACUGCCCCUUGCCGUUAACCCCACAGGUUGUGCCCGUUCCGAACCUAAAAUGAGUACCCACGUCAAGAGGUUUGUGUUAAGGCCGCACACCUUGAACAGCACCAGCACCUCCAAGUCCUUUCAGAGCACGGUCACCGGGGAGCUGAAUGCGCCUUACAGUAAGCAGUUCGUCCACUCCAAGUCGUCGCAGUACCGGAGGAUGAAGACCGAGUGGAAAUCCAAUGUCUAUCUGGCACGGUCUCGGAUCCAGGGCCUGGGCCUCUACGCUGCCCGAGACCUAGAGAAGCACACCAUGGUCAUCGAGUACAUCGGGACCAUCAUCCGGAAUGAAGUAGCCAACCGGAAAGAGAAACUCUAUGAGUCCCAGAACCGUGGCGUGUACAUGUUCCGGAUGGACAGCGACCACGUGAUCGAUGCAACACUCACGGGAGGGCCUGCAAGAUACAUCAACCAUUCGUGUGCGCCCAACUGUGUGGCUGAAGUGGUGACUUUUGAGAGAGGACACAAAAUCAUCAUCAGCUCCAAUCGGAGAAUCCAGAAAGGAGAAGAGCUCUGCUACGACUACAAGUUCGACUUCGAGGACGACCAGCACAAGAUCCCGUGUCACUGUGGAGCCGUGAACUGCCGGAAGUGGAUGAACUGAAUGCAUUCCUUGCCAUCUCAGCGGGCGGCUUGUCCCCAGCAAGAGGCGACUCUACACACCAUUGGAGUUUUGCAGACAGAAAGAUGUUUUUGUUUUCUGUUUUACGACUUUUUGAAAAAUAGCUUCUGGGAGUUCUGGUUUCCUCAGCCCUUGAGGCUAAGGAGGCGCAGGAGGAAGCGGAGGUUCAACAGAGGCACAGGAUGGUCCAGCACUUUCGCUUGUUUUUCUUUUUUCUUUCUUUUCCUUUCUUUGUUUCCCUGUGGGUGGGUUUUGUUUUGUUUUGUUUUGUUCUGUUUCCUUAAUCUCACUAAGGAGAAACUUUUACUGGGGCAAAGAGCCGAUGGCCACCCUGCCCCAGGGCAGGGGCCUCCUAUGAAUGUAAGACUGCAAUCACCAGCCAGGGCGUCCAGAGUGCUGGCCACGCCCCCUGCGGCAGGCCUCUGGGCGAGUGAAGUGGACACCACUGAACAGGAAUGUACUGAGAUGACUUCCUUAGGGGUAGAGCUAAGGGAUAACGACUUGCACUAAAUACAUUUAAUACUUGAUUCCAUGAGUCAGUUUAUUGUAGUUUUUGAUUUCUGUAAAAUAAGAGAAACUUUUUGUAUUUAUUAUUGAAUAAGUGAAUGAAGCUAUUUUUAAAUAAAAGUUAGAAGAAAGCCAAGCUGCUGCUGUUCCCUGCAGACUAACGGACCCUGUCACUUUGUACAAACUUGUAAAUAUUUUGAGAAAAAAAAUACAGUAUAAAAAUAGUUAUUGACCAAAUGCUACCAGGCUCUGCAGCAGCUCGGUGCUUAUAAAACGUCAUAGGGAUGUCACAAUAUAAUUUUGUGUUAUUAAAUAUGCCAUUAUAAUUAUAUAACAACCAAAAUUUCAACCUGGAGUGUUUGGGGUUUUUUGGAAACUAGACUAUUAGUACUUGUUUUAUACACCUAACUUCUGACGGAACAGAGUGUCUGCCAUGACUACAACUUUUAUAGCUGUUUGGGUAAUUUUAACUGAUUUUUUUCAUAUUAUAUUGUUGCAUCCCUACUUCUUCAGUCAGGUUUUUUGUGCUUACGAUUUGUGAUAACUGUGAAUAACUGCUUACAAAUACACCCAAAUGGAGGCUGAACUUUUUCUUCAGCAAAAGUAGUUUUGAUUAGAAGUUCGUUUCAGAUCACAGAGAAUCAUGUAAACAGAAUAGGAUCAUGUAGCAGAACUUAACCUAACUUUAGCCUUCUAUUCAACACAAGAAUUGAAAAAGGAAAAAAAAGAGAGAGGAUCAUGCUCGCAUCUGCAGGACUCUGGCAAUAGGGUUUUUCGAAGAUGUAAUUUUAAAAUGUGUUUGUAUGAACUGUUUGUUUACAUUUCUUUAAUAAAAACACACACUGUUUUGUGUUUGCUUGUAGAACCUUAAUCAGCAUUCUGACCCGGGUGGCUUCCGACCGUGUGCCUGGGGUUCUGGUACUGACACUUCACAGCGUUAGGGUGACGUCUGCAGCACGGCUGAGCUGUGUGCGCCGGGCCGCAGGCCUCACCUGUCCUGUAUAUGGCAUGAUGUAUUUUUAUCUUACAGAAUAAAUCAACUGUAUAUAUUUUUCUCUUGAUAAAUAGCUGUAUGAAAUUUGUUUCUUGAAUAUUUUUCUUCUCUUGUACAAUAUUCUGACAUCCUACCAGUAUUUGUCCUACCGGGUUUUUGUUGUUUUCUGUUAUGUAUAAUAGUAUCUGACGUUGGCAAAAAUUGAAUUUUUGAAGUAUACAGAGUGUUAUGGGUUUUGGAAUUUGUGGACACAGAUUUAGAAGAUCACCAUUUACAAAUAAAAUAUUUUACAUCUAUAACAGC